AUGAAGCACAACAUGGACUCUGGCAAUGGCGCAAGACAUCACAGCAAGCGUAAGCGUGUAAAUGAGGCUCCAUGUCAACGCCAAGUAGCCCAAAAGCUUCUCCAUUGCGCGGACGUGAGUGACUCAUUAAACUCCCUCCGACACUCUUUAGCUAUACAAUAUCAACGCUACUUAACCCAAAAAGCUCGAAGGAAUGAAAUGAGUUCCUUAUGUAUUGCAUUAGAGCAAUUUACCCAAUUUCAGACCUAUUUUCAUGCCGAGAUGGAUAAUGAAGAUUUCUCACUGGUGAGAGAUGUAGAUAAACGGACAAACAAGCUACUUACAGCAAUUACAAAGCCUAAGAUGUCAAUUGCUGUACGUACGGAAAACAUUGUCCGCACGUUGCCUGAUCAAUUAAAAGCGGCGUCAAAAAUGGCGUUCGAGCGUCGACAAUUAAUUAAGGAGCAACAACAACUUCCGUCGAAACAUCAGUGGAUUCCAUUAAUAUUGUGGAGAAUCUACAAUAAUGUAGUUGAAGAUGCUAACAACGAUAAAGGAUUGAAACCUUUGAAGAUGACGAUGCAUUAUGUCAUGAAAACGCUUAAGGAGACGAAUCCAUAUUAUUAUAUGCAAGUGGUGUACCAAACUCCACCAAAGCAUUUACGUAAACAGUGGAAAAUUCGUGGGUCAGCAAAAUUAAAGACGAUUGUAGCAAGUAUUACACCAUAUUUUGUGGCUUUAUCUCGAAAAUCCUCGGCCUUGAAUCACAAAGACGUAAGUAAAAGGAUAAACGAUGGAUGGUAUGAACUACGCGUUACAAUGGUGUUAUUGAAACGAGCUGCACGACAUUUUCAUGAAAUCAUUUUGUAUUUGUAUGCCCUUGCAAUGGGUCGUGACGUGUCGAAAGUACAUGCUGGAAUCAUUACAGAAAAAGCAGCAAAAGAAAUGGAUAGCAAUGAUAGCGGAUUGCGAGCUCAAUUAAAAUUAGAUGGCGACACUGCUUUCUCAGAAGAUUCGUUAAUGAAGGAGAGUUAUGAGUGGACGCCUGAACUUUUGGUCUAUCUUGAUGAAUGGAAAUAUCAUCGGAAAAGUCGACGAGUGCCAUUUGGUUUUCAUGACGAAGAACGAUGGAAAGAUUUUUUGCCUUACUUUGCAUAUAAGAAACAAUUUCGACGACGUAAGACACAAGUAUAUGUACCACGCUUUGAUGUACUCGCGGAAUUCGGGUACAAGCUUCGUAAUUUAUUGCGUUUGUGGCAAAAUACGCAGCUUAGUUUGCCUAGUUUUAAAUCGAUGAGUAUUGAAGAUAUUGGGUUUCUCGAGCAAGAAAUUAAAGGUUCGUUUGGAGGAACAAUCAACUUGAUGUAUAAAAUAAUGUUGGCUCGCUGGAUGGCUCGAAAGCGUUCAACUCAGUGGUGGGCGUCGCUGAAUUUCCGUAAAGGAUUGAAUCUUCAAUUUGAAUCGAAUAAAAAUGAUUCUUUCGGUUUUUGUCUCGAGGGCGUUACUCCAGGCUCUGAAGCAAAAGCAUCGACCAACGUAAAGUCAAAUGACGACGUGGAAGAGAUUACCAACGCAAAAAAAUGUGAUGAUGACGUCAAGAGCGAACGAAUAAAAGAGCGUUCAGCUGCUGGCUUUCGAUCUCCAACUAGGACAAAGCUUCGAGCUAGUUGUCGAAAGACUUCGUCAUUAGACGACACCAGUAGUAGCUUCUUAUCUACUAAAGAAUCUCUUGAAGAUAAGGAUUUAUGCAAUUGGUCAGACGAUAAAAAACUUGCAGCGAUGAUGAGACUGCGUGAUCGGCUGACAUGGUCAAGUAUCUCUAGUGAGAGCUGUUUUGAUUCUAAACUCAGAUGUGAUGUUGGAAAUGAUUGGCAAGUGACUCAUAUAGCGAAUCGAGCAUGCAGAAUUGUUGAUCAGGUGAUGAGACUUGCGGAAACAAGGAAAUCUUCGUCGGUGCUUCAAAAGGAGAAUAAUUCGGUGUCAGAUUUGGACACUAGUAAUCACAUUGCGUCGUGUUCGGAUUCACAGGACCAAACACUUAAAGAACUUCACGAAAGUGUUCAAAGUGCUUAUCGCAACGUAAGCGAAAUGGUGAAUUCGUACGACGGUCAACACUCAUCUCAGUGGCGUGAUGCGAUUCUGUAUACAGCUCAAGCAACUUUGAAGCUCUUGCGUCUAAUUGCACAAGAUGACGACAUGAUAUUGUCUAGGACAUCGGAUCAGUAG